GGCUGCGAGCGCCAUGGCAGAGGAGGUGAGGCGGGAAACGUCCGGCGUGGGGCGGGCCCCGAUCCCCGGGGCGCGCCGAGGUCCCCAGCGGGCCGCCUGGGCCCCGCCGCGCCAUCGCGGCCAGUAGGCGCCGCGGGCCAGGCCGAGCCCCCCUCCGCUCCCCGCGCCCCCGCCCGGCCUCGCAGGGCUGUCGAGCCGCCCCGGGCUCCCUGUGGGCCCAGCGCGGCGUGGGGGUCAGCGCUUCUCUCGGGUCUCGGGACAGGUUAUUUCUGAUUUUGACAUGACCUUGAGCAGGUUUGCAUAUAACGGAAAGCGAUGCCCUUCUUCUUACAACAUUCUGGAUAACAGCAAGAUCAUCAGUGAGGAGUGCCGGAAUGAGCUCACCGCGCUCCUUCACCACUAUUACCCAAUUGAGAUUGACCCACACCGGACCAUCAAAGAGAAGUUACCUCAUAUGGUGGAAUGGUGGACCAAAGCUCAUGAUCUCCUGUGCCAGCAGAAGAUUCAGAAAUUUCAAAUCGCCCAGGUGGUUAGAGAGUCCAAUGCAAUGCUUAGGGAGGGAUACAAGACAUUCUUCAACACCCUCUACCAGAACAAUGUUCCGCUGUUCAUCUUCUCUGCGGGCAUUGGUGACAUCCUAGAGGAGAUUAUCCGACAGAUGAAGGUGUUCCACCCCAACAUCCACAUUGUGUCUAACUACAUGGACUUUGACGAAGAUGGUUUCCUACAGGGAUUCAAGGGCCAACUCAUACACACCUACAACAAGAACAGCUCCGUCUGUGAGAAUUCUGGGUACUUCCAGCAGCUUCAGGGCAAAACCAACAUCCUCCUGCUGGGGGACUCCAUGGGGGACCUCACCAUGGCCGAUGGGGUUCCUGGUGUGGAGAACAUUCUCAAGAUUGGCUUCCUAAAUGACAAGGUGGAAGAGCGGCGGGAACGCUACAUGGACUCCUAUGACAUCGUGCUGGAGAAGGACGAGACGCUGGACGUGGUCAACGGGCUGCUGCAGCAUAUCCUGCACCGCGGGGACUGGAUGGAGAUGCAGGGCUCCUGAGUGCAGGCGCGGGGUGGGGGGCUGUGGGGAGGAGGGAGCCUCGCCCAGAGGCCGCCCUGCAGAGGGCGCUGCUCCUCCCAGUGCGGGCAGAGAACAGUCCAGGUGGUGCAGCUGCUGAGCCCGUGCCCCUCCCUCACCCUCCCAGCGCCGAGGCUCCCCGAAGCCAGGCUCCGUGGGGGAGGGGGCCACCAGGUGAACAUGGCACCUGCAGGGUGUUAGCACCCUAACCAGGGCCCAUCGAGUCCAGGGGUUCUUUCCCCCCCUGGAUUUUUAAACAUGGAGAGCCAUUCUUCAUAUCUCAUGUGUGAAACAGAUCCAAAUAAAAACGGGAAAAAACAGCUGUUCUGAUUCAGGGGGUGCGGGGCAGAGCCCGUGCCUCUCAGUCUGGGAGGAGCAGGAAUCUCCAGGAAGUCACUAGGGCUCUAUGGCACAGAAUUUCAAAACCACCGAAUUCACAGGUGCCCGGCCGGCUCGGGCAGUGCAGCGUGUGUCUCUUGAUCUCGGGGUUAUGAGUUCGAACCCCAUGUUGGGUGUCGAGAUUACUUAAAAAAUAAAAUCUUUAAAACAGCAGCAGUGAAUUCACACACAAGGCCCUCUGAGCACAGCCGGAAUGUGCCUGGGGAUCAGGGUGGGCAGGCAGGGUUGGAAGGGUGUGUUUCUGACCUGGAAUCAUUUGACUCUAUGCUGAGGUAUCCAUUAAACUUGAAAUUCCGUUA